CCCAAACCCCAUCUUUCUUCCAUUUCCCUCUCCCUCUCCCUCUCCCUCCCUCUCUCUCUCUCUCUCUCUCUAUCUCAGACCCCACUCUCAGGCAAAUCGAGAGCUUCGAAUUUUUUCCACAAUUUCUUCAAAGACCAAACGGGCAAUCAAGAAUUGACGCAAAGAUCAAGACUUUGAGCAUUUUGGAGUGAACUGUAAGUACCCACUUCGCCAUUGGGUAAGCAAUACUCUUCAUUUCCGUCUCUGCAAUUACUCGUUCAGAAGAGGAUUAAAAGAAAUUCGCUGGGAGACCCCAAUUCUUGAAUUCUCUGUUGAUUGUUGCCCGGAAGUGAGCUGCCCGGUCUCUUGUUGGGCUGUGUCGAAGGAGUUCUUUUAUGGGAAAAUCUGGGGCUAGGAAGAAGAAGGGCGGUUCGGGUUCUAAUUCAAACCAUGUGUCCGGGGACAAUAGUAACAAUAGCGUUAUCAAUUCAGCUCCCACUGCUAAUGGGGGCGUCGUUGAUUUAGACUCCACGGUAUUCUUGAAGAGAGCCCAUGAGUUGAAGGAAGAAGGGAACAAGAGGUUUCAGAAUAAGGACUAUGCGGGUGCUCUCGAGCAGUACGAUAAGGCGUUACGGCUCACGUCAAAGAGCCACCCAGAUCGGGCGGUCUAUCACAGCAAUCGGGCUGCUUGUCUGAUGCAGAUGAAGCCGAUUGAUUACGAGACUGUGAUAUCGGAGUGCACCCUCGCCCUCCAGGUCCAGCCUCGGUUUGUUCGGGCGCUUCUGAGGCGGGCACGAGCAUUUGAGGCUGUGGGGAAGCCUGAGAUGGCGAUGCAGGACGUGCAGGUCUUGUUGGGGGCGGAGCCGAAUAACCAGGAUGGGUUGGAGAUUGCUAGGAGGCUGAGGAUGCUGCUAGGCUCACCGCACCAAGGGGCUCAGCAGGACUUGCAGAGCCGCCCCUCCCCAGCUGCUCUUGGGGCCUCUGCUGUCCGUGCCGGGGCUCCUGUUGGUGGGAUUGGCCCAUGCUUGCCCUCCCGCCCUGUUCCUAAGAAGGGGCCUGCCGUGGCUUCCUCACCAGGACCUGUCAAUAAUAAGGGGGAGAAACUGCCUCAGCAAAGUCUCGUGCCCGAGAGCAAUCCAGAGACCAAGACCCAAAUGCCCAAAGUUUCAUUGAAGCCUCUGAGCAGCUCCUCGAGUAAAGCUCUCAGUAACCCAAGCAGCGGGGACCACAAGAAGGAUGGAAUGAACUCCUUGAAUGCUUCCGUGGGCUCGAAUGGUCAGAGUCGGGAGGUUUCAGUUCAGUGCAGGCCAUUGAAGCUCAUCUAUGACCAUGAUAUAAGGCUGUCCCAGAUGCCUGUGAACUGCAGCUUCAAGGCAUUGAGGGAGAUUGUCGGAAAAAGAUUCCCUUCUUCGAAGUCAGUUCUGAUCAAGUACAAGGACAGUGAUGGUGAUUUGGUGACCAUAACUUGUACGAGCGAGCUCAGAUUAGCAGAGCUGAGCGUAGAUAAUAAUCUUGGUCCUCCAAAAGAUCCGGACUCAGAUAAACCUGACUGUCUCGGAAUGCUGAGAUUGCAUGUCGUGGAGGUGAGCCCUGAGCAGGAGCCUCGUCUGCUGGAAGAAGAGGAAGAGGAGGUGAAGCCCGUGGAUACUGAAGAAAGUAAAGGAGAAGAAGGCGUGUCUCACAAUUCUAACGUGGAGGGAGAUGAGGAGAGGGAAAAGGAAGUCCUUAAAGAUUUAAAGUCAGGAGAUUUGUCGGAGGAUCAUCCUGACUGCAAGGAGGUCGAGAUGGAUGAUUGGCUCUUUGAGUUUGCCCAGUUGUUCCGGACGCAUGUGGGUAUUGACCCCGAUGCCCACAUAGACCUCCACGAGCUAGGGAUGGAGCUCUGCACCGAAGCACUAGAGGAGACCGUAACAAGUGAGGAUGCCCAGAGGCUCUUCGAGCGGGCUGCCACCAAGUUCCAGGAGGUGGCUGCCCUCGCCUUCUUCAACUGGGGCAAUGUCCACAUGUGUGCUGCGAGGAAGCGGGUGCCGCUGGACGAGUCUGGGGGUAAGGACAAGGUGGUGGUAGAUGCGCAGCUCCAAGCGGCGUACGACUGGGUCAAGGAGAAGUACUCCUUGGCUCGAGAAAAGUAUGGGGAAGCUCUAGCCAUCAAGCCCGACUUCUAUGAGGGCUUGCUUGCUCUAGGGCAGCAGCAGUUCGAGAUGGCGAAGCUCCAUUGGUCCUUUGCACUUGCCAGGAAGACUGACAUCUCAGGCUGGGACCCAACUGAGACGAUUCAGCUUUUUGACAGCGCGGAGGAGAAGAUGAGGGCUGCAACCGAGAUGUGGGAGAAGCUUGAGGAGCAGAGGGCGCUGGAGGCCAAGGACCCGGAUGCAGCGAGCAAGAAGGAGGAGGCCUUGAUGAUGAAGAGGAGGAAGAAGCUGGGAAGUAGUGGAGAAGCAGAGCAGUCCAAUGUUGGGGAGGUUUCACCCGAGGAUGCUGCCGAGCAAGCAGCUGUUAUGAGGUCUCAGAUCCAUCUAUUCUGGGGGAACAUGCUGUUCGAGAGGUCGCAGGUCGAGUGCAAAUUAGGACUUCGGGGUUGGAAGGACCAUUUGGACUCUGCUGUGGAGCGGUUUAAACUCGCAGGAGCUUCUGAGGCCGAUAUCUCGGCUGUCCUGAAGAAUCACUGCUCAAAUGGAGAUUCAGCCGAAGGAUCAGAGGAUGGGAAAAAGGCAAAAGAUCAUGUAGAGGCUGGUGAGAAAGAAGCAGCCAACCGAGCACCGGGAAGCAGUUCAGAGCAGUAAGUUUUCCAUAUCAAAUGAACCGAGCAGGCGAAUCCUGCUGGGGUAUCGUUCAGCUUAUCAUUAUGCUGGGACGACAUUCAGGGCGAGUAUCUGCUGAGGAGAAUUUUUGGUGACUCUCUUUGUUAAGGUUGCUAUUUUUCCCCAGCGAACGAUUACAACUUACACGAUUGUGAUCUGAUUUUUGGCUCAGUUCUUCAAAAGUUGAUUUUACUUUUCCCAAAAUGCAUUUAAUUUUUUUUACUUCACGGAUCGGUUUUGUUUUCUGUUGCAGUGAUCUGCCUUGUUCGUUGCAGCAUGGCCAUCUUAUUUAUUAUUAUUAUUAUUAUUUUAUAGAACAAGCGUUGUGAGUUAAUUUUCUGGAAGGUUAUUGCCAUCAGUUGGAUUC